UUCUCAGACUUAAUGGAGACUUUAUCUGUUCUGUGUCGGAUAGAGAGGAAUUUGCUGUAAGAGAAGUUAAAGAUUUGAUUGAAUCAGGUCUUUAUUUAUUAUCUGUUCAGUAGAUAAUGAAUUUAUCUGGUGUGAAUAGUUAAAAACAGAGCCGAACAGACUGCUGGGAGUUUAGAGACUGUUCCCCAGCAGCUGACCGGGUCUUCAGCAACACUACCGGUUACUUUCUUUAUAUUAUUUAUUCACUUUAAUUCGGUUUCCGAUCAAAAGAGCCGCUUCUAUUUAAUCUGGAACUAAUGCGGUUUAAUUGGAGGUCGGUAUUCAGGUGUGAACAGUAGAGUAAAGAGCAGAUCGGGCGGUUUUUGGAGCUAGCGGAACUGUAGGAUGCUGAUGUGCUCCAGCGACAAACUGGAUUUUAAUGUGAACAACAAACGAACCGAAUCGGAGAACCGAAAUGGGGGAAAUUCAUCCAACGGCAGUACUGCCAGUAACUCUCCUCGCAGCACCCCGGGCAGCUCCCCGUCCCUGCGGCGGCGGGUGCUGGGUGGGCGUGGCGGUGAGGGGGAGGGGUCUGCUGACCGCAGUGCUGGAGGGGGAUCUGAAAGCCCCCAGCUCACCACGCCAUCGUCCACAUCCUCCUACCCAGCCGCCACGCGGCACUUCACACGCAAUGCCAAGAAAAUGCAAAGCUGGUACAAUGUACUCAGCCCCACCUACAAGCAGAGGAACGAGGACUUCAGAAAAAUCUUUAAGAAACUCCCGGAUACUGAGCGUCUGAUAGUGGAUUACUCGUGUGCUCUGCAGAAGGACAUUCUGCUUCAGGGUCGUCUUUAUCUGUCUGAGAACUGGAUCUGCUUCUACAGCAACAUCUUCCGCUGGGAAACCACUAUCACCAUCCUGCUGAAGGACGUGACGAGUCUGACCAAGGAGAAAACGGCCAAACUGAUCCCCAACGCCAUCCAGAUCUGCACCGAUCAGGAGAAGCACUUCUUCACGUCGUUCGGAGCGAGGGAUCGCAGCUACAUGAUGAUCUUCAGACUGUGGCAGAACGCUCUGAUGGACAAGACGCUGUCUCCUAAGGAGCUGUGGCACAUUGUGCACCAGUGUUACGGGACUGAGCUGGGGCUGACGAGUGAGGACGAUGACUACGUGUCCCCGACGGCGGAGCAUAUGAACGGCCUGCUGCCGGGUGAUGAUGUGGUGUGUGAUUUGCUGGAUCAGGCUGCUGUAGCUCCUCCCCCUCCUGGAUCUUCUCCUCCAUCCUCUUCCUCCUCCUCCUGCCCACCUGUGGAGGUUCCUGCCGUCAGAACCAGUACUGAGCCAGAACCGAGUCCCCCCAACUCCCAGACCACCACUCAACCCGCCAACACCAACCCCACACACUCCACCACACCCGCCACACCUGCCACUCCUGCUGCCACCACCGCGAGUACAGAGGAGGCCGGGCAGGACAGCCAAUCAGAGGCCGGCAGUCUGGCGGCGUCAGCGUCCGGUCCUCAGGUUCUGGGUAACGUUUCAUCGCUGGAUAUGACUAAUGAUGAAGAGCUGCCCACCGACCCCAGCAACUCCUCCGACACACAGGAAGAGAGUGAGGUGGAGUCGUUCUGUGCGGAUCUGAGGGGGCGUCUGCACAUUAACACGGUUCUGAGGAUCGGGGUGGAUAAACUUCACGAGCUGCUGUUCUCCGAUACUCACUUCCUCCAGCACCUCUUCACCCAGCGACACUUCACCGACCUGUCGGUGCAGGACUGGCAGCAGGACGUCAGCAGUGGGAACAGUAUCCGGGUGCUGAGCUACACCAUCGCCAUCAACAACCCCCUCGGCCCCAAAACUGCCCCCGUCGUCGAGACUCAGACUCUGUAUAAGAGCAGUUCUCGGGGGGAGUGUUAUGUGGUGGAUUCGGAGGUGAUCACUUCAGGAAUCCCGUAUCAGGACUACUUUUACACCACCCACAGAUACUGCCUUACAGCCGUCAGCAAAACCAAGAGCAGGCUCAGGGUUUCGUCUGAUAUCUGCUACAGGAAGCAGCCGUGGAGUUUGGUGAAAGCUCUGAUAGAGAAAAACACCUGGAGUGGAAUAGAGGAAUACUACAGACACAUGGAGGUGGAGGUGUGUAAGCUGGAGACGCUGCUGCAGGCGGAGGUGUCGGUGGUGGUGGGGGUGGGCGUGGUGGGCGACGCCCCCGGUGCAGAUGGAGGGAAGGGGGGGGCGGGGCUGCGCAGACGUAAACGCACCUGCUCCAGACGCACCGCGGAGAGGGAGGGGCCGGGGGCCGGCGGGGACCGGGGCGAGCGAGGGGCCCCGGAGGAGAGAGAGGGACGAGAAACAGGCGCUCCGUUUCUGAAGGUUGGGGAUCGAUGGCGUGGAGCAGCUGGUAAUAACAACAUCUCCACCAUCCUGCUGAUCGUCAGCUUCAUUCUGGUGGUGUUGGUGGCUCUGAAUAUGCUGCUGUUCUAUAAGCUGUGGGCUUUAGAGAGAGCCGCUCACACACUGGAGACCUGGCACUCCUACUCACUCUCAGACAGUCCUCUCCCGCAGUCGGCUGCAGAGUGGGCGCAGGUGCUGCAGCUGCAGCGCCAGUUUCAUCAGGCUCAGCUCGGGAAAUGGCAGCAGAUCCUACAGUCCUCAGUCACCCUGCUGGACCAGAUGAAGCAGUCUCUGGAGAAGCUGCACAGAGGGAUCAUCAGUCCUGAGAUGCUGCAGGACUCUGACGACCCGUCAUCACCCACAGCCACGCCCACCACAGACACACUGCAGGACCAGUGACCUGUCUGCCGGCUCCGCCCACCUGUCUAUCUCAUACACACACACACACACACACUCAGUCGGAGGGUUCUACAGGACUGGACGGUUCUACCAGCAGAACCUCCAUCAUGAUGUAAUAAUAACUGUUGGGUAAAAUUACCCAUGAUCCUCAGCUGCAACAUGCCUUUCUACUGUGAGUGAACUGUGAGGGAACCACGCAGAACCUCCUGCAUCCAGAACCACUGCAACUCUAGAGCAAUAACUCCGUAACGCAGCGGUUCCCACGGUAACCCCCCGCCCCCGACUGUCCGGCCCCACCGCCCCCAUGUUUUAAAGGAACAGUCCGGCUGUGUUCCAAUCUGAUCUCCAUCUGCUGCUUCUGAAGACCUUCAUUGAUCUUCACGGCUUUAAAUAUCAUUAGUCGUUAAUUCCAUGAGGCACGGCCAAUUACAACGGAGCUCAUUUGCAUACAUCAGUCCUAACGGCACAAGAACUGUCUGCUUUUAAUUUUAAGACAUAGCGGAAAGUUAAAAAACAUGAAAAAAGAAAGAAUUGUGGCCAUUUUUUGGCGGAAUAUACAAGAAAAUUGUAGAAUAUUGUUCAUAAACAGGCAGCAAAAAACGACUAUUUUUGAAUUGUUGAAUUUUGUUUAAAAAUUUGGACGCAUACUCCCUCAUUAGCAGUGCACUACUUAGGGAAACACUAUUUAGUGCACUAAGCAGCGGCAAAAACAUGAAUGAAUUUGCAUAAACUCACAUGUGAUUGGCUGAACUGUGUUUAAAAAAGCCCCACCCACACAAUUAACGUUAUUUAUGUGAUUUAGAAACAUAAUCCUUUUGUUAACUACCUUAACUACCUUAACUUACAUUAACUAGUUACUAUGUUUACUAUAAAGUAAAUAGUGCAUUGUUAGAGGUUUGAGUUACUCAAACUAAAAAAAGUAUUAAGCUCCGCCCAUUCACUUUUGACAUUGUUUAAUCGUAAGAUUUUUUUUACGUUAAAAAAAACGAUAAGUUAGUGUAGAGCUUAAGGAAAAAUGAAAUAAGAUAAAAGAUAAAUAUUAGGGUAUGGGCCCUUCAAAAGUUCUAUUCUGUUUAAGAGUAUAGAGAAUAAUACACGCCACGAGUCGUUUAGAAAUUUAUUUUAUUUUGUUUUAUAAACAAACAUGUAACAAAUGUACAAAUUAAUAUUGAAAUUAGUAGAAAAUAUUAAAAAGAGAUGUUUUUUUAUGCCUAAUAAUCAAAAUAGUCAUAAAGAAAGAAGAGAAAAUGUGGUAUAUGCGCCAUUUAAACUCGCUUACAGUGCAAGCCAUUGUGUUUUUGUGAUGUCACAAAAAACAGCCAAUCAGAGCAGAGCUUGUUUACAUACAUCUUAAUGUCUUAAUGAAAUGCUGUAUAAGAAAUCAGUUUCUCUUUUCUUUUACUGAAAUAAAGGAGAUUACAGUCUGCCAGAAACGCCAGAAUCUGCAUAGCUCCGCCCAUUUAGCCUACCACAGUUUAGCCCCGCCCCUUCCAUGAUAUUGCAGUUCUCGGUUUACACAUCAAAAGUUAAAAAAAAAAAAUUGAAAAAAAAAUUUGUUGUUUUUGGCUUAAUAUACAAGAAAAUUCUAUAUAUUUUGAAUUAAAAAAAAAAAUUAGUUAUGCUGUUUCAAAUAUUAAAUACAAAAAUUGUUUUGUUCAUUAUUAUUAUUAUUAAUAAAAUAAUAUAAAUUAGGAAAAUUAUACCACAUGCUUUUUUAAAUUCAACUACAAUAGAAACCUAUUAGGUGUUUAAAUAGACGUUUUGUGAUGUGAAAUAAAUAAAACAGCAGUUUCUAUAUACAGGGUUUAGCCCCGCCCAUUCACUUUUUUAAGUUUUCCUGACGCACAUCAUAGCCAAUCAGAGCAGAGCUUGUUUACAUAUGUAUCUUAGUCUUAAAGGGCCUCUUAUGACAGAAAACAGUUGUAAUGUUUGAAUUGUUUUAGUUGCUUUUCUUAUAACACAAAAAUAUAUAUAUAUAGCCUACAUAUUUAGCCUGCCACAGUUAAACCCCGCCCCUUUCUGCAAUUGAAAAACUCCGCCCAUUAUAUGAUUAUAAUUUAGUGUUUAAGCUCUGAGUACUGUUGCAAUGAGUCACAGCCAAUCAGAACACAGCUAAAUUUACUUAUUUUGACCUUAUCGUCCAUCCCUGUCUAAAACACAGCUUUCAGUACACGCUGCAAUUAUGAUCAGGAAAUCGCUGGUUAGAAUCCCGGUCAUGCAGCUUUCAAUCAGCUGCCGGAGCCCUGAGAGAGCACAGUUGUCCUUGCCAUUUCUCUCUGGGUGGGUACAGUACAGUAGAUGGCGCUCUCUCUUUCCCCUCAUCACUCCUAGGGUGAUGUGGAUCAGCACAAGGCUGCGUCUGUGAGCUGAUGUAUCAGAACCGAGUCGCUGCGCUUUCCUCCGAGCGUUAGCGCUGUGAUAACGAGAUAAAAGUAGAAAAAACAACAUAAACAGUAAUUGAGCGUACGCCACAGAUUCAUCAGAUGGACAUCAAGCUGAAUUUACGCUGAACUAUCACUUUAAUGAGCCGGUGGACGGGUUUGGUGGGGGGGUUAUUCGGGGACCCCCGCUGUAGUGAAUGGUGAACUCCUACAUCCUAAUCAUGGACCUCCAUCCAUCCAAGCUGCACUUUGAGCCGUUUCUCUCUGGACGUCCAGCUUUUUUUGGACCUUAUUUAAUGAAAUAAAUGAAUAAAUAAAAAAGAGUCGAGUCGAUCGGAGUGAACGAACUCUCGACACAUUCCCUCCUGCUUCAGAAAUGACUCUUCAGAAACGAAUCUUCAGAAACGAAUCUUCAGAAACUAAUCUUCAGAAACGACUCCUUAGAAAUGAAUCUUCAGAAAUGACUCUUCAGAAACGAAUCUUCAGAAACGACUCCUUAGAAAUGAAUCUACAGAAAUGAAUCUUCAGAAAUGACUCUUCAGACCGUGGAGAUCUGUUUGUUCAUUCGUUUAUUCAUUAGUUUGUUUGUUUGUUCGUUUGUUUGUUCACAGCUCUAUUUAUAGGGGUAAAACACUGAGGUAUUUACAGUGUCCCCGAGAGGAACAAGAAUUUACAUUUUUUAACUCCAUCUCUCAGUCUUUGUAUCCCUUCAUCCAUCCAUCCAUCCAUCACUCUCUCUCUCUUUAUACCCCUUCCCUGUUUUUUCUUUCGUUUUCCUUUUAUAUGCCUUUACUAUUGGGAUGCAUUGAC